GUCUGCGCCGUGCGAAGAACAGGUAGCGCGUAUUUGCACCGGUCACUCCAGGUGUAUACUACUACUGCUGCUGCUACUACUGCAACACACCGCCGGUGAUUUCUAUCGGGUUUUCAAUACUGCUCGUCGCGCACGAUGAGGGGUUCGAGUCUUGCCGUGUUUAUUCUGCUGUUCGCCUUCGUGCGAUCGCAGACGCUUAUGGAUGUUAUCCAAGGAGACUACGAGCUGAAGAAGUUCUUGGGUUUCGCGCAGAAGUACUUGAAGAAUGCGCUCUCUGAGACUGGGUACACGUACACGGUGUUCGCACCCACGGACGAAGCUAUCGAGAGAUACCUGAAGGAGAACAACAACGAUGGCCGCGGACUGGACAGUUUGCGAACGUGGAAUUACCACCUGCUCAACGACAGGUACACGCACGUAGGAUUCAUGCAGAACCGAGAGCGUAACUUCAGCCUCGCCACGCUGGCGCCGAAGUCGGCUCCGGUGUGGAUGACGGUCGUCGAUCCGCCCUUCAUACCUGGCCAGCAGUUCACACAGUUUGGCGGUCAGACGGCCUCGCAGAUAGUACACGUGAAUCAAGCGAGGGUGCUGCUGCCUGAGAUAUCCUCACUCAACGGUGUGCUGCAUAAGAUCGACCGUGUGCUCAGCCCUCCCGGCGUUGGAGAAACCAUCUGGGGACUCGUCAGAGACCCGCGCAACCUCUACACCGAGUAUCAGCUGACCCAGCUUCGCUCCAUGCCGCAGAGCAUGCAGGUCCUACUCGACCAGAGUGUCUCCGGCAAAAGCUCCAUCGGUCUUUAUGGCAACGCCGGUCGGGGCUUCCAGCCCGGCGGCGUGCAGGCGGGAGGCGUUCAGCAAGGGAACCCACAGCAGGGACGCCCUCAACAGGGGCUGUUACCGGGAGGUAUCCAGCCCGGAGGAUUCGACCCUAAUCCCAGCCAGGGCGGCUUCCAGCCCGGCGGGCAGACAGGUAGACGACCCCCGCAACAACAGCAGGGCGUCUUCCAACCUGGAAUUCAACCAAACCAGCAGCCGCCCAGAGAUUUCCAGCCGGCGUUCCAGCCUAGCUUCGGGCCGCAGGGAGCUGCGGAGAAGUACACGAUGUUCCUACCGAACGACCAGGCAUUCAAUCAGAUCCCGUCCGAGCAGAGGAACCUGCUGGUGCAAGACAGUCGCCUGUUCGAGAGGAUCUUGCAAGCUCACAUGAUCAGGGGCUACGUUGUCUUCUCGAACAACUUCGAGAAGAGUCAAACGUACGAUGGCUACUCAACAUCGGACCGAGUGAAGCUACACUUCGACACGCGUGGAAACAUCACCGAAAACAUUCCUGUAGAAUUUUACGUCGCCACGAGCCUGGCGUCGUCGACGGCCGGCAUGAUGGAGGGCGACGUGUACGCGCGCGUCGUCGUGCCCAACAUCGCCGUCGACAACGGCGUCGUGCACAUCGUUGACAAUGUGCUCGGCUACAUCUACCGCAACACGGAGGAGACGAUCCAGACGCACCGCAACAUGACCAAACUCUGGACGGAGAUACUCGUGAAGAACUACAUGAAGGAAUUCCGCGACCAGUUGCGAACUCAGGACAUGACGAUGUUCGUGCCAUCUAACGCUGCCUUUGAGAAGAUUCCUGUUCAGAAGCUCACCGAUCUACUGCGGGACGAGCAGCGAGUCGCUGAUUUGGUGCGCCUUCACAUGGCAUUUGGGCGCGUCUACCUGCGUAACCAGGACAACAGCACGACGCUUGACACAACGCUCCCUGUCGGCGGAGGCCCGCGUAUUCAGCAAACCAGCUACGCGUCCGACUACGAUCCCAACUACGAUCAAGACCGCGAUAAUCAGGGAAGAGACCAGAAUGAUCAGAACAGGGAUAGGCCUCAGCAGCAGCGGCCGCAACAGCAGCAGAUUGGCGGCCAAGGCGGCAAUUACAAACAAAUACGAUUCAUGAUCAUGCAGAACGGCACGGCCAAGACGUGGUACGUGAACGGUAACGGAGUGUGGGCCGAGGUUCUCCAGCAGAACCUGGGAACGAGCAACGGCGUCAUACAUCUGGUAGAUUCUAUCCUCGGAUUUCCCUACCAGACGAUCUGGCAGAAGAUUGAAGAAGACCCAAUGCUGAGCGAUCUGGAGCGAUACAUCGACAAGACAGGCUACGAUCUGCGUAACAUGCUGUCAGCCGAGUACGAGCGAUUCACGAUGUUUGCGAUGAGCAACGACGCGUGGCAGGACAUCUACAGCCGCAACUACAACGACUUUAGCAUCAUCACCACCAGCAACCUCGUCCUCGGUCACGUCAUCAAGAAUCACCUCGUCAGAGGUCAGGUUUUGUCCUUGGAUGACCUCUACAAUAAUGUCCACCUCGGUACCGUCAACGGAAAAACUAUCACACUCCGCCAGGACGGGUACAACAGAAACAUGUGGUCCGUCCGCCUUGGGGAGAUCGAGGCUACCAUCACGCUGCAAGGAAUGGCGAUGACCAACGGCUACAUCUACAUUAUCGACCGAGUUCUCUACGAAAACUGGGACCUGAACUACAACGGAGCGAUGGGCAUGGCGGCUACGCUGUCCACGACUCUGCUGCUUGCCCUGGUCGCGAAAUUUGUUGCCUAAGUCUGCAUUUACUCAUAGAUAGGAGCGAAGCCUGCAUUACGCACCUGAAUGUUACCUGCUUUCGAUCUGUAAAUGAUAAUCUAGAAGCUCAUCGAUUGUAAUGCUGUCGCUUCGAUUCUUGCCCGGCCGCCGGCCCAUCUUGCUGUUAGUUAAUAAAAUUCGCGAGAUUUCGCGAGAAGAUGCCGUGUUCGUCAUUCAUCGUCCUAAACGUAAUCGACGCGGGAAAUCUGUUGGCGAACGAACAUGGUCGAACCUGAUGUAGUAUCUCUCUAUCUCGCACAACCUUCGCAACCGUACGUAGCAUUGAGGUGAUUACCUCUAGAUCUAUGCAGGAAGAAAUGACAUCUAUGGUGUCAUUUUCUAACUUGCAUGUUUAGAUAUUUGCUCGUGGGCGACGUCUUAGUUGCUGUUGUCUCUCGACCUCAGCUCACGAAUAGAGAUUAAUCGAAUACGCGCAUAUUAGUCUCAUUUCUAACCUAAGAAUAUGUUUACACGCGUUAUCUGUUGGCACAUAUAUAAAUAUAUACUACAUGUUAUUUUGGCAGGAUUUUAUACGGUCCUAUUUUCCGUGCAGCAGGAUGCAUGGAUGAAUAGUAAAGCAGUGUCUAGAUAUCAUAGUGCAUAUGUAUUUUAUACAUGCAUGUAUAAAUAUGCAUAGGCACGGCAUUGUGUAGAAUGAAAGUUAAGGUUUAGACAUGUCAGACUGUCGUAGGUACGGAUGUACGUUCAUAACUCACAAACAUUUACAUCUCAGACUUUGCGUUGAUUUAUUGUUAUGAUCUUUUUUUAAACGCGUAGCAUGCUUAGGAUGACAUAUACAUGUAUAUAAAAGGGCGAUUGUAUGUUAUGUUCGAAAUUGUGAAUCAUGAAUCAUCAGUAAGUUUUCAAAGGAGAACAUUCGGUCGUGAACACACGCAACACAACAUCCUUAUCCUCAGUUAACUCGAGGUGAGUGUGUACUCGUUGUGAUUUACUUGUUUCGUAAUAAUUUAGAGGUAGGCGAUGGUAAUAUCGUCCGUACUAGUGUUGUAUUGACGUCCGUAACUGUAAACUGCUUGUAAGAUCUAUGGGCUACACGUUGCAGCAUAAAUGCGUAGACUAGUUCCGUAAGUGGUUGGUAUUUUAAGUGAACGUCGUGAAAAACUUGAGCCUAACGCAAGACAAUGAUAGAAAUAUCGACGCAUUUGGUGACGGUGCAUGGAUGAUGAUACACUUUUAAUCAAGCUAAUAGCAAUAUGCCAAUUUUUAAUGUCAUUAUGUCACGGUAUCUAUGCUGUACUGUAAUGUUUCACUUCAUCGUUAUCGUAUAUACGAAGAAGGAACCUUGUCGCACUAUUAGACUCAACUCUGCUGAUUCGGACGAAUGUAAUUGUUUACACAUUUAAGCAUUUUAUAUUUUUACGCGAGCAAUCGUAUGUUAAUUAAUACUCAUGUGUACGUGUGUACGUAUAGCGACUCGGUAUAUAAAGUUUUUAUUAUAUGAGGUUUCUUUCAGGGUGUGUACAGUUAUACGUUUGUAAAAGAGAAGCGAGAUCGAAACUCUAAACAAUGAUUGCAAUAUUUUUUAUCGAGUGUUACAUACAAAACGUCCGAAUAGAUCUUCUCAUUGUAUAUCCGUCCGGCCCUGAUUACGGUUUAAGGGUCUCGCUAUGUGAACGUUAGAAAAUGUGAUGAGGUUGCUAAAUUCUUUUCCUCGGCUACCUCAGCCACCUGCUAGGUGCGUGCAUACUUUGCACGGUGAGUAAGUGAUAUGCUGCGUGUGGGAUAUACUCUUAUGGCGUAUAUAGUAAUAAGGCAGUAGACGAAGAAGAGUCAAAUUACGUCACGUACCUCUUCAGCUUAUAUAUGUAUAUAUAUAUAUAUACAUAUAUAUAUAUACAAAUAUAUACAUUGUCACCUAUCCGGCUUAUAUAUACAUUGUCACCUGUCGGGUUUAUAUCUACAUUGUACACAUUACAUACAUUGUCACGACAAACGUAAUAAACUCUAUUUCCAUAUUGAGAUUUUUUUGGAGACUGA